AUCUUUGUGUCUGCGCCUCCCUCGCACAGACUCUCUCUCACGAGCACAACAGGGCGGCCAGACAGGGUUCCCACAGGCCAUCACCACAACACACAAAUACAGCUCAGAGCAACUCACACACAGGCUCCUCUCCCCCGUUGCGCAACGCGCUUUCCCCCACUUCACCCGCCUCGGCGCCAUGGCUAAGCUCGCGCUGGCGCUCCUCCUCCUGCUGGCCGUGGCGGCGUCCGCGUCGGCCAGCAGCGGGAGCCACCUGGAUCUCGACCUGGGCUUCCUCUCCUCUGGGGAACGCCGGAGGGAGUGCCGCGGCACGGUGGCCGAGUGCCUCGCCGAGGAGUCGGAUGAGGAGGGCCUUGACCUGGCUGGAUCCCACCGCCGCGCGCUCUACGGCGGCGGGUACAUCAGCUACGGCGCGCUGCGGCGGGACAACGUGCCCUGCUCCCGCCGCGGCGCCAGCUACUACAACUGCCGCCCGGGCGGCCAGGCCAACCCCUACCACCGCGGCUGCUCCCGCAUCACCCGCUGCCGCGGCUGAGGCGGCGCCGGAUCCGCCAGACUGCCGAGGAAAGGUCUGGUCCAGGUCCCGGCCCUUUCGCCGACAAUAAUUUCUUUCGCCUUGUUCGUUCAGGCGCUACCGCCACCGCCACCGCUGUUUACUAUAGCACCAGACCUACGGAUUGAAUUGUUGUAUGGAUUUGUUUGGCCAAAUCUUUGUUCUGUUGUAAAGUAAGGGGAGGGAUUCCUGCCCCUGCGCCUGCUUAAAAUACUUAUAUGAACAUAUCAGUCUUUCUUGUUUU